UUCUCUCCUCAUUGCCUUUGCUCACACUAUUACUCAUUUACAUGACUGAUUUUGGACCAAUAUGAAGUUGGGUUUUUGGAACUUGUUUCAUUGGAGUUGAAAGUUUUGAUCUUUUUGAACAUUGGGUUUCUCAAUGAGUUCUUGUUUUGGUGGGAAAUUGGGAAUUUUUUGAAUUCUUUUUAGCUCCAAGUUUAACAUUUUCAGUAUCUCGAACAAUUCUCUUCAUUUUCCGGGAAAAUUAUCUCCUGUUUCCCCAGAAAAGUUUUGCUCACUUAGUAACGAAAGGUUUAUAAAUUUCUUAGAGAGAAAUUAUUAACAUAAAGAAACCAUGAUUGGACCAACCAACUUCAUCGACGAGAUAGAUUGCGGCAGCUUCUUCGACCACAUAGACGAUCUCCUCGACUUCCCUAACGAGGAUGUCGAAGCUGGUUUCUCCGCCGCUGAUUCCGCCAUCAACGCCGCCGCUUUUCCCAGCAUUUGGACUGCUCACUCCGAGUCAUUCCCGGGUUCUGACUCAGUUUUUUCCAACAACAGCGCUUCCGACCUCUCCGCCGAACUCUCUGUUCCGUAUGAAGACAUCGUUCAAUUGGAGUGGUUGUCAAACUUUGUUGAAGAUUCAAAUUGUGGAGCAAGCUUGACAAUUAAGAAACAAGAGCCUAAUUCAAACAAUAAGGACUCACCAUCCCAUCAUGAUCAUGAUCACCAUCAAUUCCAGACAUCCAGUCCGGUUUCGGUCCUCGAAAGCAGCAGCUCUUACUCCGGCGAGAAACCGGUUGCCGCCCCCGGGAAGUGCGGACGUGCGCGUAGCAAACGUCCCCGUCCCGCUACUUUCAACCCUCGUUCAGCGAUUCAGCUUAUCUCCCCGUCUUCGUCCGUCAAUGACAACGACGUUCCUCAGUCGUUGUUUGUCCCCAAGGUGCCAUCGGACUCCGAGAACCACGCUGAGUCUCGGCUUCUGAUCAAGUUGCCACGACAAGUUAACCCGGAACACAAGAAGAAAAAGAAGAUCAAGUUGACACUCCCAGCACCACCACCACCACCUACUGAUAACAACACUACUCCAAAUCCAUCUGUUAGGAAAUGCAUGCAUUGUGAGAUAACAAAGACACCUCAAUGGAGGGCAGGACCAAUGGGACCGAAAACCCUUUGCAAUGCAUGCGGAGUCCGGUAUAAAUCCGGCAGGCUCUUUCCCGAGUACCGACCGGCUGCGAGUCCGACGUUUAUCCCGUCGGUGCACUCGAAUUCUCAUAAGAAAGUGCUGGAAAUGAGAACCAAAUGUGGGACAGCUGAUGUACCAGAAAUGAUCCCAAAUAAAAGCAACCCAGCACUAGAUUACAUAUGAAGGGAGGGCUUUGGAGAAUUUUGGAACCCUAAUGUUGAUGGGGUUAAAACUUUCACAAUGUUUCCCCCAUCCCAAUCUCUUUUAAUCUUUUUUUAUGUGUUUAUUUUUGUUAUUGUUAUUUUUAUCUCUUUGUUCAUUGUUUUAUUUUUGUAUAGGGUUGGAAAUGGGGGGGAAAUUGGAGCAAUACAUGACAAAUAUUUUAGAAUUGUAGAGAGGGGUUUUAAUGAGAGAAAGAGAAAGGGUUUAGGGGAAAAUGGAAGGUUUUAAGAGUAGCAAAAGUUGUAGGUUUUUUUAGUAAUGAGUAGGUCCUUCAAAGGUUAUUAAUUAUUGGAGUCUUUAUUUUCUUUUUAAUUUUUUUUUUCUUCCUAUUUGGGGAUUCUUUUUGCAGUGAAAAAAAAAAUCAUCUAAAUUUCCCUUUUAAA